AUGAAUGAGCACCUACAUGUUGCCAGUCAUGGGCAGAUCCAGGUUCAGCAGCUGUUUGAAGACAACAGCAACAAAAGGACCGUUCUGACGACACAACCAAAUGGGCUUACAACAGUAGCGAAGUCGGGAUUGCCGGUGGUGCCAGACAGACAACUGGACAGUGCUCAUAGGCGGCAGGGGAGCUCCAGCUCUUUGAAGUCUACAGAAGGGCCAGGGAAGGUGAAAGCCUCCCCCAUGAUGCCAGAUCAAGCAAUGAAGCAAUACAUGCAAAAACUAACAACCUUUGAACAUCACGAGAUCUUCAGCUACCCUGAAAUAUAUUUUGUGGGUCCAAAUGCGAAAAAGAGGCAAGGUGUAGUUGGUGGUCCAAACAACGGGGGAUAUGAUGACGACCAGGGAUCUUACGUGCAAGUUCCUCAUGACCAUGUGUCCUACAGAUACGAGGUUCUGAAGGUUAUUGGGAAAGGAAGUUUUGGGCAAGUGGUGAAGGCCUACGAUCACAAGAUGCAUCAGCAUGUGGCCCUGAAGAUGGUGAGGAACGAGAAGCGUUUCCACCGUCAAGCUGCAGAAGAAAUCAGAAUCCUGGAACACCUUAAAAAGCAGGACAAGGAUAACAACAUGAACGUGAUCCACAUGCUGGAAAACUUCACAUUCCGCAACCAUAUCUGUAUGACGUUUGAGUUGCUGAGCAUGAACCUUUACGAGCUCAUCAAGAAAAACAAAUUUCAGGGCUUCAGCCUGCCCUUGGUCCGCAAGUUUGCCCACUCGAUUUUGCAGUGCUUAGAUGCUUUGCACAAAAACAGAAUAAUUCACUGUGACCUUAAACCAGAGAACAUUCUGUUGAAGCAACAGGGUAGGAGUGGCAUUAAGGUGAUUGAUUUUGGCUCUAGCUGUUACGAGCACCAGCGUGUCUACACUUACAUCCAGUCACGUUUCUACCGCGCUCCAGAAGUUAUCCUCGGUGCUCGUUAUGGGAUGCCCAUAGACAUGUGGAGCCUAGGCUGCAUUCUAGCUGAGCUCCUAACAGGCUAUCCCCUCUUACCAGGGGAGGAUGAGGCGGAUCAGCUGGCUUGUAUGAUAGAACUGCUGGGGAUGCCUUCUCAGAAAUUGCUGGAUUCAUCCAAAAGAGCAAAAAAUUUUGUGAGUUCUAAGGGUUACCCCCGAUACUGUACCAUUACUACCUUGUCCGAUGGUUCUGUGGUGCUCAACGGUGGCCGUUCCCGGCGGGGCAAAUUGCGCGGCCCCCCAGAGAGCAGAGAGUGGGGGAGCGCAUUGAAGGGAUGCGACGACCCUCUCUUCCUUGACUUCUUGAAACAGUGUUUAGAGUGGGAUCCUACUUUGCGCAUGACGCCUGGUCAGGCUUUGCGGCAUCCCUGGCUAAGGAGACGUUUGCCAAAGCCUCCAACUGGGGAGAAGACAUCAGCGAAAAGAAUAGCAGAAAGCACUGGUGCUAUCACGUCAAUUUCCAAGUUACCUCCUACUUCAAACUCGGCAUCAAAACUGAGAACUAAUCUGGCACAGAUGACUGAUGCCAAUGGGAAUAUUCAGCAAAGGACAGUGUUGCCAAAACUUGUUAGCUGAGUUUGAAUAAUCUGAUGCUGAUAAAAACAAAAACAAAAAACAUUAUGUCACUGAGCCUUACUCAUAUGAAAAAGUAGCUCAGAUUUCUAUUUUUAUUUGCUCGGUAACUUCAAACAUUUGUAUUUUUUCAGCACUCACUUUAAAUGUGUAAGAAAAGUUGGUUUUGAUUUUAUAUAUAUAUAAAAAUAACAUGGGGACAAUGCUUUAAGUUUUUAUACUUUUUUAAAAAUGUUUUUUCUUCUAAACUACAGUUAGCCUUACUAUGGAAUAUUAGUGUGGCACAAUAAGUCUCAGUGGCAGGCCACUGGUUGCAACCUAACCAUCAUACAUUAUAGUUUGAUGGAGAGCAGGGUCUAGGUCCCUCUCCCACCCCAUAGUUGAUACCGGCAUUUCUUGGAGUGAACUUUUAAUACUUUCUUAUUCCUGGUUUUUGUUAUAGCAGUAGAUUCCAGUCCUGCAAACAUUUACCUGCAUUUUUGUUUGACGAUACAGAAAACAUUCAGGGGUACAAGUCAGACACUCUGUAUGACUCUUUUUAAGAAUUUGUAUCCAUAAUUAUGGAUAGUGAACAGAUUUCUACAUUAUACUUAUAAAUAUUUAUUGUAUAACAGUGAAAAAGUUGCAUCCGUAGAGGGCUUCCAUCAGGCGCGUUCACAGCAGCGCCUUGCUUACCCCAGAUCUCAAUUGGCUGUUCCCUGUCAGGUGUUCAGGGCUUCUCUGAAUGCUAUGGAUCCUAGAGUAGACCUGUACUGCCAUUCCAGCUUCCUUUAUACUGUGGGAAUAGACAGAGUUUAACAGUUUCAGCAGCUGGCUCCUGCGUCAGCCUGUACAGCCUCUGUGUUACCCAGAAAACUUGUCGGUUUGGUACCUCGAAUAGCCUUGGCUAUUCCUUCUGACUCCCAUUUCCAAGCUGUUAGGUCUUUUUGAUAGAGGCAGCCAAGAUGAUAGGAGGCACUCUCUUCUUUCCACCACGUUCUGUACUGUGCAAUUCCUAAGGCAACCUCUGGAUGGAUAACUAGCAUUCAUUUUUACACGCGCUACACUUUUAAUAGGCUGUGAAUAACUACUGCAGGAGUAGCCAAUGCGGUGCCUCUCCCAGAUGUUGUUGGGCUGAAAUGCUCAUCAUCUAGGUCGGCUGUGGCUAAUGGGGGUUGGGAAACACCACCCCUGAACCACUGGGCUGUAUCAAAUUAGGCACAAACGUAAUUUAGCUUUAGGAUGGGGGCCCCAUAUGGUGAUAUACACCUGCGCUUCCCCCCCCCUUCAGUUCUGCCCCACUGAUUUCUAAAAGUGGCUUGCUAAAUUUGAAUAUGAAAGGGGAUGGGCAAACUGUGUUGGAAUGCAUUCUCCAUAAACAAUGCAGUCAUACUGGAUUAUUUAUCUUGCUGAGCAUGGGUUCAGGCCCAAUUUAUUGGCUUGGCAAGAUUAUCAGGCGCGCUAAAACUCCAAAGGUUUGGCUCAGGACUAGUGCAGUACCAACACCACACGUGUGCACGGGUAGGCAGAUAACAUUUGUGCAAUGCACAAUUGCCUGGUUCACCAAGCCCUCUCCUAAUAGGUCUCCCUCAAAUCAGCAGAAGCAUUUAUUAUUAUUAUUUGUAUAAGCAUCCUUAAAUAUGAUUAAAAUGUUCUUCAGAAAUGAACUAGCACCCAUACUAGAAUGUUAGGUCAUAUGUAUUUUUUUUAAAAAGCAGGAAGGUGAAGAUGUGAACUCUAAAAUUUGAUGUCAUUUCUAAAGGCAAAGUCAUGCAAAUCACAAUAAUUUAUGCAGAAUUUUAAGCAUUCAGAACCCAUGACAUGCACAUUUGUAUUCUACCCCCCCAUACACUUUUGCUUCUUUAAAAUCACUUAGCCGUUUUCCCAUCAUCUAGGUAUUCUCCAGAUGUUUCUACAAAGUUCACUUCCCCACCCCAAGACUGUCAUAGGCCGGGUUCACAUGACACACUAAGCCAAACCUUGGUUUAGCAAGAUGGUAUGAGCUUAACAGGGACGUGGGUGGCGCUGUGGGUUAAACCACAGAGCCUAGGACUUGCCGAUCAGAAGGUCGGUGGUUCGAAUCCCCGCGACGGGGUGAGCUGCCAUUGCUUGGUCCCUGCUCCUGCCAACCUAGUAGUUUGAAAGCAUGUCAGAGUGCAAGUAGAUAAAUAGGUACCGCUCCGGCGGGAAGGUAAACUGAGUUUCCGUGCGCUGCUCUGGUUUGCCAGAAGCGGCUUAGUCAUGCUGGCCACAUGACCCGGAAGCUGUACGCCGGCUCCCUUGGCCAAUAAAGCGAGAUGAGCGCCGCAAUCCCAGAGUCGGCCGCGAAUGGACCUAAUGGUCAGGGGUCCCUUUACCUUUACCUAUGAGCUUAACAAGCAUCUGGAGAGAAGCUCACAGCCACUUCGCUCCUCCCCAAUCCUUUUUGCUACCACAAUAAGUAGUGUGUUGGUCAAACUGGGGCUCACGGUUAAGCCAUACCUUGGCUUGGCUUAGCAUGGUAGCAAAAGGGAUUGGGGACGGGUGAAGUAUUGAGGCAACCUAAAAAGUCAUCCAGCCCAACCCUCUGCUCAUUAGGAAAUGUGCUGCUACAGCAUCCCUGUCAGGUGGCUACCUAGCCCAUGCUUAAAAACAUCUCACCAGAUUAGUCUUCAGGCCCAAUCUGCCAGGAAAUUCUCCCCUAUAAUCUGUGCAAGAGCAUUAUAAUGGGGCUUGCACAAGAGAACAUCCUGGUGGGUAGCGCCCCUUGCCUCACAGACCAUCGUACCUUUAGAUCAAAACAGCCUUCUGAGGCUGACAUUAUUUAGCUUUUGAUGUAAUCUGCAUUUGGGUUUUUAAAAUGUCACUCUAAAAAGCAAUAUACUAUCUAACAAUUGGCGCUGUGCUGUGUGUUACAAUUGUUGUAGGAUACAUCUUUACACACCUGUGUAUGCAUAUCAGGUUUCCCAGAUGUGUGUACUGGAGUGUUUAAACAUGCACUCACAUGCAUGUUUGUUCUUUUUUGGGGGGCAUCCUAUGCAUUUUGUGCUAAAAAUGCCUUUGUAACACCAGUAUUUCAUGCAACAGUUGCAUUGUGUAGCACUGCCACCGAUACCUGGAGAUACUACUUGAAUAUUUAAGGGGAUGUCUGUGAGACUUCUACUAACCUGUGGAGUUGCAUCUAUUCUUCUCAUGCCCUUCGUAGAGGAUCAUUCAGAUUUGUCAAAAGCCUUGUUGAAACGAGUACAUGUGAUUGUUUUUUUUAAAAAAAUAAUUAUAAAGAGCAAAUUAAGAGGUGAGAUGACUUUUAAAAACAGACUCCGUGUAGGAUGCGCUUUGUAACCCUGGUAUACUCCAAAAGCUUGUAAGGGGAGAAAAAUUAAAAGACAAUUACGGUUUUGUGUUGCACCAUGAGAGCUAAAGAAAAGUUUGAAGGAACGAGUAGACAUAUAUGUGAAUUUUUCUGUAUAUUCGCAUUCUUAUCGCAGUGAUAGGUUAACCCGGUCUAUUUCAGACACCUUGGACUUGUUCACAUAUUUCUUCUGUCCAAGAAAUACAUUUUUUUAUCAGGUGGUCAGAGAGUACCAAGUUAAAAUAAAUGUUGUAAAGCCCAUGUUUCCCCUUGCUUUCUCCUUAUGGGAGAGGAGAGCCAAGAGCCAGGACCUGGCACCAGGUUAAGAUUUCUCCCUGGCAAGUAGCAAUUGAACAUAAUAUAAUUCAGAUAAAAUUUGUUCUGCAUUAUAAGUUUAGUUUCCCAAAGCAGGCACAACAUUGGUUUUAACAACAUUUAUCGCGCAUGCAUUGAUAAUGAUAUUUGAAGAGUUUCAAGCUUAAAUUGAGAGGGUUGUGGAUGCUAGAAUUAUUUGGUUUGAUUGCAGAAAGCUUCAACAUUAUAACGUUGUUUAUAUGCACAGAUCUAAUUACAAUACCUGUAAAGAUGUCCUUAAAAUAACUACUUAAAGCAUGGUCCCCAGAGAAAGCCAAGAAAGUUUCCGGUCCAUUUCCUUUUUUCGAAAUUCAGAUCAUUCAUUUAGAAAAUGAAAGCAGCAUUUUUUCGUUCACUUAAAGUUUGGUUAAUGGGCAUCAAUGACGAAUUCUCAGGAAACAUAAUAAAACUACUUGCCAAAAUAAUAAUAAUAAUGAACACCCACCCAACCCCCAUCCCUUCCAUAAGUAAAUCUUGACUAAAAGAAAUGAUGCUAAUUAAUAAUGUUUAAUAAUGUUAGUUAUUGGCUAAUAUUUAAUCUCCCCCCCUUUUUUUGCAAAUGUAACUCCUUGUCCUCAAAUGACACUAAAUUAUUUAUAAUAUUAAAUGUACACCUUUCUAUAUUGUGUGGCUAUGCAGUCUGUGAGUGUAUCAGUAAAAGUGACUUUGGGAUCUCUGUAUCCAUAGCUUCCCAUGACGAUUGGUUUGUUCACCAUGGCACUGACCUUGAUUCUGUUUGGGGCUGCUAGGGCUUGGACCUCCCAAAAGGACAACAUUUCCCUUUCACUUACGGUGAACAUUAAGGCAGUCCACAAACACAAAGGUUAUAUGUGGAGUCUGGCAUUUUGCAUUGAAGUGAACGAGGAAGCCCUUGCAUUCCAGGGAGCGCAUCUGUAUGUACAAGAAGCUCUGCUUGGAGCUGAAGUUGCUUCCCCCCCCAAAAAAAAUCCCCCAUUCAUUGGAUUAAAUAAAUUGACAUGUCCAUUAUAUUUUUAACACAGCUUGGAAUAUGUUAACAUGGAUAAAUAGGAAAGAUACAUAAUAAUCACAAAUGAUUCGUGAGCUAAAACCCUUAAUUUUAUCUUUCUUCUUCUUCAAAUGACCAGAUUUUAAAUGCCAAUAGUGCAUUUGUGGCUGAUCAUAUUCAUAGAUGCUACCAGAAACUUUUAGGCCAAAAACAGUGUGCAGAGCAAUGCUAACGUAACGAAAACUCCUGUAUACGUUACAAAAAAGAAAAAGAGGCAGCCAUCUGACAAUUUUCAGUAACUUGGCUUCUUUUUACUGUAGCGUGUUUAUAAUUGGAAUGGGGAAGGAAAAGGAGGAAAGGGGAAGGGAGGGGAAAAAAACAUUUAAAAGGAUGCUGCCUCUUGCUUUGACACGGUUUUGUGUCUAAGGGCUCUAAUUAGUUGGGGCUGAUAGUUGUUGGCUUGGAAACAUUGCUUAGCCUCACAUGUUGCCAUUGUCUGGGGACAUCUGAGCUCCUUUGCAAAAGUAGAAAUAGCACGGUGUUGUCUUGUGUUUGGCUGCAGUCUCAUUUCGGCCGGCUCUUGCACCGCUGGAGUGCUGGCCAAUCCCUUCUCCAGUGUGUCGAUGCAACCGGGAGGAUGGGCUGGGGGAGCGAGAGGAGUGCAAGAUAUGUAGAGGGUUGAAAUUGUGCCCUUGAUGUUAACAAUGUGCCUUUUGUUACGAACAACACCAUGUUGUGGAGCAUGCAACGUUGUCUCUUUAACCCUUUGAACGCUGUACUAUGUAGUAAGGUUGAAAUCUUAUUUUUUUAAAAAGCACGGUACCUGUCUUAAAUACGUUUCCAUGAGCAUAAUCCACUAGGAGCCUCUCCCGCUGUUGCAUACGCCCCGGUGAAACGAAGGGCAGUUCUGCAAGAGCACUCCAGGGUCCUUUUGGGGGCAACCCUCGGUUAUAUCCAUUGGACAUGAGCAGGAGAAGUUUCUGGCUGAUUUUGCCCUGUGUUUUCAAAGCCUUAAUAUAGAUCAUAAGGCAAUCCUACUACUUAGUGAUGGAACGGAAUACUCUCUUGUAGGAAUUUUCAUGCUCUUUCAAGGGUUAAAGAUGGCACCUCAUAGUAGUUAGCGGUAACCUUAACAUCAGACUGGUUUCUUUUCUUUUAAGAACUAUGUUUUUCUUUGUUUUGUUAUGACAGCACUAGGCAGAAUCAACUGUAUUUGUAAAAAGGAAAAAAAAUUACCUCAAACUGUUUCAUUUUAUAGUGAGAAUUAAUCCCAGGGCAUUUGGUAUGAACCAAAGUGCAUUCCUUUUCUACGUGCCUGGCUCCAAUAAACGUGGCCAGGGGUUUUUACAAUUUGGGUGCAAGGCAUUUUAAUGCCCCUUUUACCUUGCUGGGUGGUUUGGGGUCAUGAAGGACUCCUUAGGAAUGUUUUUUUUCUUUUUUAAAUGGCGCUUUAUGGCUACCAUCAGGCAGCCUCCAUUUAUUAGAAUGGGACUUGUGUGAAACCGUGUGGAAGUGCCAUUGAAAUGAAUGGAGGCUGGACAGCAACAAUUGUGGGAGGGUUGUGUUUAUUAAAGUAGCAACGGGCUGCGUUAUAAUCUUUAGGCACAUGUCGGAGUUCUUCGAUUCUGUCUAUUUUUCAUAAAAAUCUUUGGUUUUCCAAACAGAGGUAGCUGGUAAACAUAUAUCCGUUUUAAGAAAGAUUUUUAUGUAAGUAAAUAUUUUUGCAUUGCCCACUUGAGAUGCUACAGUAGCAUUGAAAUAAAGAAAGCAUUUGUGAAUUAACAUUGUUUCUAGGGGGCUUGUACAUCUGUGCUACAAAAUACAAAGUAAUAUGAAAAAAGUCAUCGUAUUUACUCAGCUCAACUGCUACAAUUACGUCUAAGGUGUACAUUGGAUUUCUUUUUCCUGAAAAAUAAAGAGCAACAACUUAGACACGUGACUGUAAGAUGCUGCAACUGUGUGUACUGAAAACAUGUGAAAAAAAAUGACUGAAUGUGGAUUGUGUAUAUAUGUAUGUAAAAAUUUAUGUGAGAUGCUGCUGCUGUCAACAGCCACUUCACAUUAAAUAUGUUGUAGUGGGUUUUAAUUCUAGUGGCCAGUUUUAUAAUACUUACGUAUUGUAUAGCUGAUGACAGGAGUUAAGACUGUUUUAGUGAAUGUUUGUUACAUUUAUUGUUGUGGCCAGAGAUCAUUUCAGAAUAAAAAAUUAUGUCCUACAUGACUCUCUUUCUGUUUU